CCAUAAAGUCAGGACGUGGUCUGUGCGAAAAGAUGAGAUUCCAGUUGUUUCAUAUACUGGGCUUGCUCAGUGUGACAAGCCUGAGCCAUGCUGCCAGCAAUCUGAUUUGCUAUUAUGACUCCACCUCGUACUUGCGCCAAGGUCUGGCCAAGAUGCAUACCAACGAGCUGGACUUGGCCCUGCAGUUCUGCACCCAUUUGGUCUACGGAUAUGCGGGCCUGAAGCCCGGAACCCUGGAGCUAUUCAGUCUGAAUGUGGACCUGGACAUGUUCUACUACAAGGAAAUCACCGCCCUGCGACAGAAGUAUCCCCAACUGAAAAUUCUGCUCAGCGUGGGCGGAGAUCGCGAUGUGGAUGAGGCCCACCCCAAUAAAUACGUGGAGCUUCUGGAGGCGAAUCGCACUUUUCAGCAGAACUUCAUAGACAGCAGCAUGAUUUUGGUAAAGAGAAAUGGAUUCGAUGGCCUCGAUCUCGCAUUCCAGUUGCCCCGCAAUAAGCCCAGAAAAGUCCAUGGCUCCGUGGGAACUUACUGGAAGUCCUUCAAGAAGCUCUUCACUGGUGACUUUAUUGUGGAUCCUCUGGCGGAACAGCACAAGUCGCAGUUUACCGAUCUCGUGGGAAACCUGAAGAAUGCAUUUCGGUCUGCCAAUCUCAUGCUGUCUCUGACAGUCCUGCCCAAUGUGAACUCCACGUGGUACUUUGAUGUCCCCAAACUGCAUCCCCAGUUCGACUACAUCAACCUGGCUGCCUUCGACUUUCUCACCCCAGUACGAAAUCCGGAGGAGGCGGACUUCACAGCUCCGAUUUUCUUCCAGGACGAGCAGAAUCGCUUGCCGCACUUGAAUGUGGAGUUCCAGGUUAAUUACUGGCUGCAGAAUCAUUGUCCCGGCCAGAAGUUGAACCUGGGAAUAGCCAGUUAUGGCAGGGCUUGGAAACUGUCGAAGGGAUCCGGACUCAGUGGAGCUCCCAUUGUUCAAGAGACAUGUGGAGCUGCACCCGGCGGAAUACAAAUCCAGAGUGCUGACGGCUUACUCAGUUGGCCGGAGAUCUGCUCCAAGUUGUCGCAGAACGCAUCCGCUCAGUAUAGAGGAGAGACGGCUCCGUUCCGCAAGGUCACAGAUCUCACCCAGAAAUACGGAAACUACGCCCUCCGACCUGCGGAUGAUAAUGGAGACUUUGGCGUUUGGCUGAGCUUCGAUGAUCCGGACUUUGCUGGAAUCAAGGCGGCAUAUGCCAAGGGCAAAGGACUCGGCGGAGUUGCCCUAUUCGAUUUAAGUUACGACGACUUCCGUGGACUUUGCACUGGGCAGCAGUUCCCCAUUGUGCGAUCAAUAAAGUACUUUAUGGGAUAGAUAAGUGGUUAGUUGCUAAUAGUCUUCUAAGCUUUUAAAUAAAUUUCAUUUGAUGUACAAAUA